AUGCCACCCAAAUUUCCAGGCAAAAUUCUGCGAUGCGUUGCCCAAGUCUUCGGGCGCAAGCGCAAGCAGAAGCAGCCUCGACACGAUGUUACGGCCUCCACUGUGUCCCCUGCAACUCCACCGGGGCUUCCCAUCGAACUGUUCGAACUUAUCAUCGACUUUUGCCGCUACGACCGACCGACUCUGCGGGCGUGCGCCCUCACCUGCCGCGCAUGGUUGCCACGCAGCCGGUACAACAUGUUCCACGACGUCGUGCUGCACAGCAUGAAGCAGCUUGGGUACUUCUCCGGGCUCGUCGCCGCCGAGCCGCGCCUCGGCGCCCUCGUCAAGUCGCUGCACGUCGCCCCGUACCGUGGUCACGGCGAGGCGUACGCAACGUUCCCUUUCGUCCUCGGGGACAAGCUCUCGCGGCUCGAGCAUCUUUCCAUUGACCUACGGCGCGACUUCUAUCCGUGCGUGCACGACAACUUCUUGGCAUCCCUCUCGUGCUUCAGCACUGUGACGAGCCUCGCGCUACGUCGCGUACAGUUCCCAUCCUUCCACGACUUUGCGCUCCUCCUCGCCGCGUUCCCGAAGCUGGCACACCUGCACUGCUGGCAGGUCGGCUGGGUGCGCAAGUCAUAUGACCCGCGCGCGUUCGCGCAUAUGGACUGCCGCCUGCGCCUGAGCGAGCUCACCAUGCGCGGUGUGGACUGGUCCGAGGGAAUGGUCGACUGGCUGCUCGCGUAUACGUCUCCCGCGGCCCUCGUGCGUGUGCGGGUGCCGCUCCUCUUACCACUCGAUGUCGAGCAUGUCGAGCGGCUUCUGCUAGCUGCAGGGCACACCCUGCGCCACCUCGAGAUAGGCAUUGUACCCUUAAACAGCCUUGCCGCGCGCCACGUGCAGAGCAAGGAAGGGACUGACAGCCAUAUGGGUCCCUUCCCCCGCCUACUGCAAAACACGUGUCUCGAGUCGCUGCACCUGAAUCUUUACGGCGGAUCCUGGGCGCCAGGGCUGCUCGCACAGGUUGCCUCGACGCAGCUGCGUGUGUUGACGAUUGGGGUGCCAACGCACGCGCGGCGGCGUAACGUGCAGCACUUCGACUGCUGUGGGGUCGACCGCGCGCUGGCACUCCCGCAAUUUGCGGGCCUCGAGCGCGUCGUGUUCGAAUAUGACAAGGGAGCAGAGGAGGAGUGGAAUAGCAAACUAUGCGAUGAAAUCCUGCCGAGGUUCCCUAUCGCGCGUGCAAAGGGUCUUGUGCAGUGCAGGGGCGUGAAGCGAGACCCCGAGCGCGAAAACGAUGUAGGUGAUAUCUACGAAGGUAAUGGUGUAGGGGAUACAAGGAGUCUCUCCCCAAGCAGUCUUAUAAACCUCCGCCGCGCGGCAGGCUUCGCCAACAAACCAUACAGUACUAACAGCAAAAAUAAGCGGAAACCGAAGAAGUCAUCCACGGACCCUGAGGAAUUUCACCCUGCUCAUGCUACCAAACCCGCGAAUGUCAAGGCCUCUCCUGACUCUGGCCCCAUGUCGAACCUUGGCAUGCCGUCUCGAGUUCAGUACAAUUGCAUCGAAGAGGAUUAUCUCAAGUCACUUCACAUUCGCAAGCGGGAGAAGGCACUACUUAAUCAAGCUCUCUUCGACAAAAUCUGGGAUGUUCUGCAUGACCCUCAGUCUAUUCUGGUCGGCACUCCUCAGUUUCGCUGGUGGGUUAGGAAGAUGUUUGUGCUGUCUUACACGCGCUCGACCUUGUCGUCCGUCGAAACGCACACGGUCGAGGACUACAGUGCCGAUUCUGUGCCUGUGGUCCUACAUGAGAACCGCCCUGUCGCUCUUAAAGAUCAGAUCUAUGAUGUGCUUUGCUACUGCCAUGACCUUGCAAAGCACGGCGGACGCGACAAGACUACUGCCGUUGUGCGCGAACACUACUCGUGGAUUCCCAAGGAAUUAAUCGCUCAGUUCGUCAAAGCUUGUCCAACCUGUGUCUACAAGAAAACGGGAAAUGUUGACCUAGCACUCGCAAUGAAUACCACGGAAGGACUUCCUGGUGCAGAUGCAUGCAAUGAGCCAUCUCAAAUACUCUCAAUGCCAUCUGAAGAGCAGUCUCAGAGACGCGUCACCACCCACUGUGUCUCACUUCGGGUCUCAGACUUGAUCAGCCGUGAUUCUGCGUCUCCCUCGCGCGACUUGACUCAGUACUGGCCGACCACCUCUGGACCUUUACAUUCGCCUGCACCUGUCCAUCCUAUGCCUCCGCUCCAAUCUUGGAUGGAUACUGCGUUGUACAACACACAAGAUACCUCUUCACAUGCCUCUGAGGUUUACCUACGAGCUACCUCCAAUGCGCAAGCAUGGCAGCGAUAA